AGAUUACUCUCCCUCAUCACACGUGGCGCUUCAGCCCAACCACUACGGGCGUUCUACUCCCCCUCAUGGAGGUGCGCACACAUCCCUUUUCUUUACUGCAUGGCUCCGUGAUACACACGUCUUGGCCCCCUCCCACACGUCUUGGCGGUCUGUGACUCUGCCGUGACCCCACCCACCUCAUGACAGCGUGGCUUUUCACCCCAGCCGCUGCGGGCGUUCUCCUCUUCCUUAUGGAGGUCGUCAGCCUCCUCCUAGUUUGACGGGCUUGUACUGAUGAAGCCUCGCAAGAGCCGAAACUACUUUUCUCUGUUUCUGCACAGUCCCUUACCACCCCAGCUAAUUCACCAGCUGCUGCCUCUGCCACUGCUGCUGCUGCCACUGCUGCUGCUGCCAUUGCUGCUGCUGCCACUGCUGCUGCUGCCACUGCUGCCGCUGCCUUUCUCGCUACCUCUGUCGCAAAGUCCCCUCGCCAUCCCUCCAUUUCAGCCUCGCCAACUAGCCAGUCAGUAGGACCUUUUGCACCACCACCUGCUCAUUCAUCCACUGUUGCUGCAGCAGCAGCAGCACCAGCAGCAGCACCAGCAGCAGCAGCACCGGCAGCAACAGCAGCAGCAUCAUCACCAGCAGCAGCAGCACCGGCAGCAACAGCAGCAGCAUCAUCACCAGCAGCAGCAGCACCCGCAGCAACAGCAGCAACAUCACCAGCAGCAGCAGCAGCAGCAGCAGCAGCAGCAGCAGCAGCAGCAGCAGCAGCACUGGCAGCACCGGCAGCAGCAGCAGCAGCAGCGGCUGAUGCUGCAGCAGCGACCAAUUCGAUCACCAAACAGGAGGGGGCGAAUCCUGCGGGAGCCUCGCUGCUGAGAGCAGGAGCUGAGGAGUGGUGAGGCCCACGGGUUGCAGGGAGCAAGGAAUCUGGUAGGGCAGUGGGAGCAUACACGCCAGCAGCAAUGGGGCCUGUAGGAGGAGCACAUGUGCCAGCAGCAACAGAGCCUGUAGGAGGAGCAGUAGGGGUUGCUGCAGGGGUGAUGGCAGGUGCGACGGCAGGUGCUGGGUUAAGCAGCAGUGUUGGGCAUGACAAUGGGAUGUAUAGCAGUAGUGGGUAUGGCAUGACUGGUGGCAGAGCAACACACACUGGAGGGUCUGCAGUUGCCCUUCAAAUGGGCGUUGUGACGUCAGCAGGCACGGCAGCCUACCAGUCUGGCGGUGCGGCAGGCUCGGCAGCAUUCCAGCCUGGCGGUGCGGCAGGCUCGGCAGCAUACCAACCUGGCGGUGCGGCAGGCUCGGCAGCAUACCAGCCUGGAGGUGCGGCAAGCACGGCAGCAGCCGUGGCUACUGGGGCUCCACCUGCUGGCGGUGGCUUUGCUAAUUCCAGUGGAGGGGGAGGGGUGCAAGGAAUGGCGACCACUCAUGCUGCUACUGGUGCCAUGGCAUGGCGCCAUGCUACAUGGCAUGGCAUGGUCGGGUCUCCUCCCGCUACAUGGCAUGGCAUGGUUGGCUCUCCUCCUGCUAGAUGGCAUGGCAUGGUCGGCUCUCCUCCUGCGGCUCAUGCAGGGCUGCCUAGUGCGCUUCCGUCAUGGCAUUUGGGAAUGGGACCUACCAAUACCACAGCUGUCCCCUCCGCUGCUUCCACUGCUGCUGCUGCUGCUGCUGCUGCUGCUGCUGCUGCUGCUGCUGCUGCUCCUGCUGCUGCUGUCAAUUACACUGGAGCUGCUUUCGGGGGCCAUGCUGUGCCUGAGAUGUCGUUUGGCAUUCCUUCCGAACCUGGAAGUUUAGCUGGUUCGGAGGUCUGGUCCGGGACUGGUGUACUUGGUCCGGAUGCUGCAGCUGGGGCUGGUUGGAGUCCUCCUGAUGCAUAUGCAGCUUCGGCAGCCGCUUGGGCAGGUAUGGGAGUGUCAAAUAUAUGUAUAACUCAUAUUUGUAUAGACUGUAUAGGGUCACCUCUUAGAGGGUACAACACUCUUAGGUAUAUACCUUUGUUCUCUCUCUCUAGUAUACACUUGUUCAGUUUUCUUCUCGACAUGGUAUCACCCGUAGGUUCGACCCCCCCCCCACCUACCGCUUCCGCCCGUGCCUCCUAGGCCCCGUCGCGCUUUCACCUAGGCCCCGUCGCGCCGCCCCCACCUAGGGCCCGUCGCGCCCCUCCUGGGCCCCUAUUGCGCCUCCUAGCCCGUCACGCCCCUCCUGGGCCCCUAUCGCGCUUCCUAGCCCGUCACGCCCCUCCUGGGCCCCUAUCGCGCCUCCUAGCCCGUCACGCCCCUCCUGGGCCCCUGCCGCGCCUCCUAGGCCCUGUCGCGCCCCUCCUGGGCCCCCGUCGCGCCUCCUAACCUGGCGCGCCCCUCCUGGGCCCCUGUCGUGCCCCCUAGCACGUCGCGCCCCUCCUGGGCCCCUGCCGCGCCUCCUAGCCCGUCGUGCCCCUCCUGGGCCCCUCGUGCCCCCUAGGCCCCGUCGCACCUCUCCUGGGCCCCGUGUGCCUCCUAGCCCGUCGCGCCCCUCCUGGGCCCCUGUAGCGCUUCCUAGCCCGUCGCGCCCCUCCUGGGCCCCCGUCGCGCCUCCUAACCUGUCGCGCCCCUCCUGGGCCCCUGUCGUGCCCCCUAGCCCCCCGUCGUGCCCCUCCUGGGCCCCUCGUGCCUCCUAGGCCCCGUCGCACCUCUUCUGGGCCCCGUGAGCCUCCUAGCCCGUCGCGCCCCUCCUGGGCCCCUGCAGCGCUUCCUAGCCCGUCGCGCCCCUCCUGGGCCCCUCGAGCCUCCUAGCACCCGCCGCGCCUUCCUGGCCCCACCGCGCUACCUGGCCCCGUCGCGCCUGCCUGGCCCUGCCGCGCCUCCUGGCCCCGCCGCCCCUGCCUGGCCCCGCCGCGCCUGCCUGGCCCCGUAGCGCCUGCCUGGCCCCGCCGCGCCUGCCUGGCCCCGCCACGCCCUCCUGGCCCCGCCGCGCCUGCCUGGCCCCGCCGCGCUGCCUGGCCCCGCCGCGCCUGUCUGGCCCUGCCGCGCCUCCUGGCCCCGCCUCCUGACAGGGACGCACUGGCCUUUGUGAGGACUGAGCUUCUGAAGAGACACAUCUGCACUGACCUUGGAGAGCUGCGCCGCUAUCUUGGCCUGCAGAUCUCUAGGGACAGAGCAGCACGCACCAUCAUUCUGACCCAGUCACUCUUGGUGCGUCAGGUCCUUCAGAGGUUCGGUCUUCAGUUCUCCUCUGCACAGCCCACACCUCUACCUGUAGACCACGAGCUUUCCGCUCCUGUUCCUGAGGAGCCAGUAGAGCCCAGCGGUCCCUACGCAGAGCUGGUGGGUUGCCUCAUGUACUUGAUGACAUGCACUCGCCCAGAUCUCGCAUACCCUCUCAGCAUCCUGGCUCGCUUUGUGGCCACUGGCAGACACCGACCACAGCACUGGUCGGCUGCUAAGAGGGUUUUGCGAUAUCUAGCAAGUACAUCAGGCAUGGGGUUAGUGUUAGGAGGACGCAGGCCAGUGGUCCUCACUGGGCACACAGACGCUUCUUGGGCAGACGACUCUGAGACGCUCAUGUCGUCGCAGGGCUACUGUUUUAGCCUUGGUUCGGGUGCUAUAUCUUGGAGAUCCACUCGCUCGUCGUCUGUUGCUCAGUCGAGCUGUGAGGCUGAGAUCUACGCCGGUGCCAUGGCGGCACAGGAGCUCCGCUGGCUGACCUUCUUGCUUACUGACUUAGGUGAGCGGCCUAGCUCUGCCCCGGUCCUGUACGCUGACAACAGGGCCAUGAUACUCCUGUGUCAGGAGCCUCGACUUGAGGGCAGAGCGAAGCACAUCCAGCUGCGGUACUUCCUCCUGCGCGAGCUACAGCAGCGCCGCCAGGCCCGCGUAGUUCACUUGGCCUCUGGUGCCAACACAGCUGAUAUCUUUACGAAGGCGCUUGCGCCUAAAGAUCAUCAGCGGCACUGUGUACAACUCGGUCUAGUUCCUGUAGCCUCUCACUUGCUAGGACCUUGACUUUGUACUGUCCUAUAUAUAUCUAUAUAUGUACUCAGACUGGACUUGUGUCCUCUCCCAGUGGCUGGACUAGUAGUGCCGCCCUGGUCUUGUUCUUGUCUUGCCUGUACUCCUUUUGACUGGUCUUUAGACCCUUGUCUCAGUGGCUGGACUAGUAGUGCCGCCCUGAGCUGCUUGUUUAGGAUUUGCCCCUAUGCAGUCUAGGGGGUGUAUCAAAUAUAUGUAUAACUCAUAUUUGUAUAAACUGUAUAGGGUCACCUCUUAGAGGAUACAACACUCUUAGGGAUGUGGCCGGGUAUGGGGGAAGUGGGUGUGCAGGGUAUGGCUGCUGGCAUGGUACCAGGGGGGGUGAUGAUGGGUGGGUAUGGCAUGCAUAUGCAUAGUGCAGGCGAAGUUGAUGGGAGUUAUGAUGGGAGUGGUGCCGCAAGUGUUGGCUUUACUGCUUUGCAUUGUCCGAUAUGUCAUGGUUACCUUGCCACAUCUCCGACUGAUUUG